ACAUUAUAACGAGCUCAGCCGAAUCGUUCUUUUCAAUUGGCCCUUUUUCACCGCAUACCGCAAACCCUUGCGCUUCUCCAAAACCCUAACUUGUCCAAGCUCACUCCAUCCAUGGCGGCGGCCAACACUUUGAACGGCACAUCGGAGGUCAAGGACGAAUUCAUCUCCGAGCAGCACGACGAGGACGAGGAGGAUCUGAUGGAGGCUGAAGAACUGGACAACGUCGUUGAUGCAGCUUUGGCAGCCGAGAGUGCUGAUGAGGAUACGAAGAAAUGGCCGGGAUGGCCCGGCGACAGCGUAUUCAGGCUUAUUGUGCCGGUGCUUAAGGUUGGGAGUAUCAUUGGGCGAAAAGGAGAGCUUAUCAAGAAACUCUGCGAGGAAACGCGCGCUCGUGUUCGCAUUCUUGAAGGGGCCAUCGGGACCAACGAUCGCAUUGUUCUAAUAUCUGCUAAGGAAGAACCAGAUUCAGAAUUAUCACCCGCAAUGGAUGCAGUUCUUAGAGUUUUUAAACGCAUCAACGGAUUAUUAGAUGGGACCGGAGAGAGUGCUGAUGAUGCUUCUACAACUUGCUCGGUUCGAUUAUUGGUGUCAUCUCCACAAGCUAUUAAUUUAAUUGGAAAGCAGGGUGUAAUGAUCAAAUCAAUUCAGGAGAGUACUGGUGCAACCAUACGAGUUCUAUCCGGAGAUGAACUUCCGUAUUAUGCUACUGGGGAUGAGAGAGUUGUAGAUAUCCACGGGGAGACUCUGAAGGUACUAAAAACACUUGAGGCAGUUGCGGGGCAUCUCCGGAAGUUUUUGGUUGAUCAUGGCGUACUUCCUUUAUUUGAAAAAAGUUUGAAAAAUCCAGCCGUUCAGGAUCGUGAACCUGACGAAUGGAGUAACAAGACACAGUCCUUAAUGCAUUCUUCCCAAACUGGGAUUGGCAAUGAAUAUGAACUUCCGGUGAAGCGAAGUUCUCUGUACCAUGAUCACGAACCUCAGUUGGAUUCUCAGUUUCAGCGCAGUAGUCUUUCAUUAUAUGGGCAAGAUCCCGCUCUCUCUGGGUUGAGAUCUUCAGGUUCAGGCCUGGGUCGAACUGGUGGUCCUUUAGUAACUCAGGUGACACAGACAAUGCAAAUACCAUUAUCAUAUGCAGAGGACAUCAUUGGUAUUGGAGGGGGCAAUAUAGCAUAUAUAAGGCGCACCAGCGGGGCGGUUCUUACUGUUCAGGAAACGCGAGGAAUACCCGACGAAAUUACAGUUGAAAUUAAAGGCAGCGCCUCGCAAGUUCAGAUGGCUCAGCAGCUCAUCCAGGAAUUUAUUGCCGGACAUAAGGACCCAGCGCCUAGCAGCUAUGGAAGCCUUGAUACAGGCUUGAGAUCUUCGUAUUCUCAUCUUGGUAGGUCGGACUACUCAUCUUCACUCUCUGCAUCAUCGCUUGGUGGAUAUGGAUCUUCAGGACUGGGAGGCUACGGUAGCUACAGGUUUUAAAUUAUACGGAUGGCUACCUGAUUACUUUAACUGGUUUGUCCGUUUGAAUGAUACUUAUGGAAAUGUGUUCAUGUAAAAAAAAUUAGGAAAUGAUCUAUCUGGUCUGAAAAAUCUGUGAAGAACUCCUAGUUUUUUACCAUCUGAAGCCUCUUCUAGAUCUGUAUCUUCUUAUUUCUAAGGUCCAUUAUGUAAGGUUUCAACUCACUUAUUUGACUAUGGAUGUCUUUUUUUUUGGGGCUUGAACGGUUUUUUGAUUAA